CUGCCGGUCGCGCUCACGACUCCGCGCGAAACACUGCUCGUGAACCUAGUUGUGUCCACGGCGCUCUACAGAUCGCACGCGCGGCUUCCCUUUGAACCGGCCGGCUCGCAAAUAAUGCAGUGUUUGACAAACUCAAUCGGAGGUCUCGGAAGAAGUACCGUAUUCAAUUUACACUGUAUAACCAAUCGCAUAUUCUCAGUGAGUGUUACGCAGUGUGUAAGAAAAAAACUUUGUCGAAGAUUCUGAAAAAUCUUGUGUAAAAUUGUGUAAUCGCCGGCCGCUGCCGGAUUGCAUUUUGCACAAACUUUUUUGACGGUGUGCGUUGAUCCCAUCGCGCGCAUCGUCGUGUGAUAAGAGGGCACUGUGAUAUCGACGAGUUCGUCUUAGCUUUAAAACUAGUUAGUCUUUAGUUAUAAAUACAAAAAUGUCGCCGCCGCUUGAUAUAUUUCAAUUCGACAUAUGGGAAACUUUGGACGAGGAGUCCAUGGAGUUGACACAGACAUCUGAAUUCUGGACCCAAGUACACUAUGAAGCAGAGAGAUUGGAUUUAGUACCGCCCGCUGAUUCGCAAGAUGCGCAGGAGAGCGACGAGGAUUGGAGGAUCAUAGAAGCACAGGAGGAGGUGCACAAAAAAGAAAACAUAGUCCAUCAUGAUUGCAUGUGGGCGGGCUCCUGCAUUGAUUCUGUGCAUCCAAGCAAUACUUUCGUACCCACUGACUUGAUGCCGCCAGCACCUGGACAAAGCCUGUUGCGACGAGACAUGUCACCGGCUAGACCUGAUACACCGCCUUCACUGGACGGAGACGAACCUCCGCAGUUCCGCCACGCCGUCGACGUGGCUGGCACAGCCCUACGUCUGCUCAGGGAUUCCGCCGUCGUCGCCGCUGACCACUCGUAUACUCUCGCUCGGCAACAUUUCGACUACCUCGGCGUCCAGACACCAUCAGAUUCCUGCGAAUCAGAGGAAGAAAUAGACGUGGUCUCCUUGGGUACAUCGUCGCAGCAACCACUGGCGUCCACUUCUCACGUGCGCACUGAUAGCUUGCCGCGCACGCCCUCUGCCCAGGAGCGCCAGCAAAUACAGCGUACUGUAGCCGCCUCGAUGACUCCGCGUCCAGCUGCUAGAAAACGCCUCGUUCCGCCAUCAACGGUAACCUCUGUUCCUCGCAGGAGGGCCCGCGGGCCCGGCCGCCGCGGUCGCCGCUCCAACACUGACACCGACUCUGAGGCCGAGUCUCCAGAGAUCGAACGCCGCUCAAUACACAACGACAUGGAACGCUUACGACGGAUAGGCCUCAAAAAUCUCUUUGAUGAACUUAAAAAGCAGAUACCCGCGACAAGAGAUAAAGAUCGUGCGCCCAAAGUUGUGAUCCUCCGCGAAGCGGCCGCGUUGUGCCGCAAGCUCAGAGACGAGGACGUGGAACGGGAGUAUCUCAAGAAACAGCAGGCCAAGCUGGUCACCAAGCUAAAGAAGCUGCGUAUGGCACUUUCUACGCGCUAUCAUCGAGCAUAUUGAGCGCUCGGAUCUGCAUGAUUGGAGUUCGCUUUGUGAAACUUCUGCGUCCGCUCGACAAACUGGUAACUUUCAAUGCAAAUUUUCCCAGCGCGUCAAAAUGGACAUUUAAUCCUUUGUGCUCUCAAUGCGGUGACGAAGAACAACCUUAUUGUUUAACUAGUUCCUCGUGGCCGUGUUCGCACAUGCAGUUUCUACAAGCGGUUAGGCAGGAAUUUUAAUUUUUAAAAUUUUAAAAGUCAGCUUUUACGGCUUACUCUGCUUCUGUGGGAAUGUAAAGAGAGUACAGAGUUGUAAAGCAAUAUGUCGGUUUGUUUUGCUCAAACAAUAUUUUGCAGUGCCAAAGUGAGCCAUAAAACUGUUUUAACGAUAAAAAUCCUUGGUCUUCAGUAAAAUAUCUUAAUAGUUACAGACUGCUUCGUGAACUAGUAGACUGGUUAUACCUCUAAAAAGUUUUUGAAUUAUGAUUAAAGUAUUCAUAGUUGACAUAGCGCAUAACAGAUUUACUCCCCGUUGAUGGAGACGGAAACAAUAUGAAUUUGUUACACAUUAUUUCUUAUGGCAUUGAAGAAAUUUUACUGAACCUUCAAAAAAGAAACACCGAUGAAUCGAGUUGUGUACUGCAGAGUCAUGUCACAUGCACCUUUUGAUUCGCAAGUUUGUCAAAGCUGUAAAUAUAAGAUGGGGAGUGAAGGUAGUCCUGAAUUUAUUAGUUAGGCAGAGGUGGCUGUUGUUGGCUUUAAGAAACGUUUUGGAGUGUUGGCCCCUAUAUAUGUUUUCGGCCCGGUUCGUUGGAUUUUCUAAUUCGUCCCGUUUUGCGUGCGUAUUCACGCAGAAACGGGAAAAGUGAUAAAUAUUGUUUUAACUUGAUAUUAUUAUAAGUUUAAACUACAUUUAUAGGUAAGUUAGCUUACGGUUUUGUAGUGUUUUGUUAUUUUGUAAAAUUUAACACCUUUUAAUGUUUUUCUUUUUGUUUACAUUUAGUCGCAAUUAACUCCCAGUUUUACUAUUUUACAAUAAAAUUUGUAAUUUUUCACCGCAUUGGACCAGUUUUUAAAGCGAUUAAUUUAUUCAUAUGUAUGUACAGAUAUAGCACCAACACAGCUUUGUACGUGAAAGAUGUUUCACUUAAAAUUAUGAUUAAUAAAUUGUGUAAUUUUAUCAUGUACGUUUUGCCAUGUACUUCAGAGUGCGCGAGCAAUGUAAGUAGCAACAAUUCGCUUUUCUAAAACCAAUUUUUAUUUUUGACCACUUGCUAUCGCUCGCGCAUUUUAAAAGACAGGUUACUUGCACUUACAUAUUUGUAUGUAUGACUAUCACUUAAUAUUAUAUGUAUAUCAUAUAACAUCGCUUAGUGUAAUCUGAAAUUUAAUUUAUUCGCCAUUUUUGGGAAUAAAAUGAACGCAAUUUAUCAUUUAAUGUUAAUAUACGUUACACGCAUAUUUAUGUCCAAUUGACGUACUAAAUACAGUGAAUAGAUAUUAUAAUCUCAGUGACUAAAAUACAUGUGUUAUUAAAAAAUAGACUGUGUAUUUUGAUAAUAACAUCAAAAUCUAUACAAUCAAAAUAGUCUUACGGUGUAGUAACAUGAAAAAUAACCACGACAUAGUUCCUUAUAGUACCUACUAAUAGUAAAUUUUGCAUUUUCUUUAUUAAAUAAUAUUGCAGUAAGUAAGUAAUGUAUUCGCGAUGAUGAUUAAAAUUCAAUAAAGCCUGACCAAAAUGAACGCGACCGUGUUGGAUUGUUUUUAAAAAAAACGUAAAAGUCAUUCAAUCUCCGCCUCAAAUGAUCAAUGCAAUUUUUAUAAAUUUUUUCAUUAUGUAUUUCAGGUCUUAAGAUAGAGGUUGAUGUUUUAUCAAGCACAUGGUCAGCAGUUACGUUUGAGGGCUUUAAUUGUGUGCGGAAUGUGCCUUGCUAUGUACAUAUACAUAUAGAUAAUUAGGUUUAUACUCGAAUUAGUUGCAAGAAAUAUUUUUUGUGAGAAAUAUUAUGUAGGAUUAUAGCGUUGUUCUGUAGGUAGCGGUACACGAGGAGUUAUAGAUAUCGUGUUAAAGGUUCGCAGUUUAUCUUCCACUAGCUGUAAUAUGUACAUAAUAGAAAUAGAGCAUAGAUGUACGUCAACUUUUUAUAAACAAGUUUUUUUUCUAGUAAUUGUUUAGUUUUCUUAAAUGGAGAGUAUCGAAUUCUCGAAUGUUGUACCUGCAUUUAAUUUUUUUUUUGUUAAUCUUAUCUUGACAUAAAUAAUAAAGAUAAUACAUGACGAUUUAGUUGUCCAAAAGUGAAAUCGGUUUCUUAUUGUGGUGAUAUUAUACAGUGUUAAAAAUUUAAUAGAUUUCACAUAAGAAAAAGUCAGUAGUUAAAAGUAUAUUGAUAAGGAUUGACAGCUUUAUGAUUGGUAGACAGACAAGGUGUUGGAAAAAAUAUAAAAAUUACAGCACAUUAUAUUGUGACAAGGCACAUUUCCACCAUUGCCAAAUGGAAAAAAAGCAACUUGGUUUGUAAAUUUUAUACAUAAGGUUGGGAUGAUUAAGUCAUUUAUAGUUUAAUUUUACUUUUUCUUUGUAUAGUAUCCGUUAAUUGUAAGGGAAGAUCUAACCGCCGCCUGUGGUGUGGGACCAUUCGAAGGAUGUCUAUGUUUUUUUCUUGAGUUCGAUUGGUUGUUUUUGGUGGUUUGCUGAGGGUUGGGGGUCCGCGUGUGUCUCGAUUAAAUCGCACGGGGACGCCCUGGGCUGCGGCGGCGGUGGCCCGCGCGCCGCUACAGAGAAUGUAGGGCGCAACAUAGAUUCCGCCUAAUAUUAAUAUUGCCCUCUGCGAUCUUUGAAGCGGCGUUCUUUAAGGACAUGUGUACUUACCACGUCUAUUUUUUGGAUACUAUUGUAAUGAGGAGAAAAGUUUUUGGUUUUUGUUCCUUAAUUAAUUAUGUGUAUCGAAAACAUUAAGAUUAAUGAUUAAAUAUAAAUAAACGAAGUUGUUUCUAGGCAGAAUUUUGGCUAAUUGAUUGUGAUUUUUAUACUUUCGGUGUAAUUCGGGGGUUGGCUAAUUAAUUAGAGUCUGAAACUGUGAUUGUGUACCUGCGGGGUAC